CAAGAUGGCGGCCGGGUGCGUCUCACGUUGGCUGGCUGAGGCGGCAACCGCUGCCGGGAGCUGCCGGGCGGGCGGCGGGGAGCCGCGACGCCUGGCGCUGGUGUUGGCUCUUGCCCGCUGGCGGAGCGUGGCCCCCGUCGCCUCUCGCGCGGCCCUGGCGCCGCGGGUGGGAAACCACUGCGGAACCCGACCGCUUCCUCUCGUCUGGGCGGCCUCCUUCCACACCAGCCGCUCCUUCUCCUCCAGCAGCAGCAAAGAGGAUUAUUACCAGAUUCUGGGAGUGCCUCGCUCCGCCAGCCAGAAGGAGAUCAAGAAAGCCUAUUACCAGCUGGCCAAGAAGUAUCAUCCUGACACCAAUAAGGAUGACCCUAAAGCAAAGGAAAAGUUUUCUCAAUUGGCUGAGGCCUACGAGGUCUUGGGAGAUGAAGUAAAACGGAAGCAGUAUGAUGCUUACGGUACAGCGGACUUUGGCUUCGGCUCUGGCUCGGCAGGUUCCGGGCAGCAGUACAGGCACACUGGCCCAACCAUUGACCCUGAGGAGCUGUUCAGGAAGAUCUUUGGCGAGUUCUCGCAGUCCCCCUUUGGAGACUUUAGCACCGUCUUUGACCAGCCCCAGGAGUACAUCAUGGAUCUGACAUUCAGCCAGGCAGCAAAGGGCGUCAACAAGCAGAUCACAGUGAACAUCAAUGACAACUGCCAGCGCUGUGAUGGCAAAGGGCAUGAACCGGGCACCAGAGUAGUGCAUUGCUCCUACUGCAACGGGACUGGCACAGAGACCAUCAACACAGGCCCGUUCGUCAUGCGUUCAACGUGUCGGCGGUGCGGUGGGCGUGGCUCAGUUGUAACUAACCCAUGUGUGAUUUGUCGUGGCUCUGGCCAAACCAAACAGAAGAAGACAGUGAUGGUCCCGGUCCCAGCAGGUGUGGAGGAUGGGCAGACCAUUCGGAUGCCUGUCGGGCGGAAAGAAGUUUUCAUUACCUUCAGGGUUCAGAAAAGCCCCGUGUUCCGAAGAGACGGUGCUGAUAUCCACUCCGACCUCUUCAUCUCCAUAGCACAAGCUCUUCUUGGAGGGACAGCAAGGUCGCCCGGCCUGUAUGAGACGAUCAACGUUCUGAUCCCUCCUGGCAUUCAGGCUGAGCAGAGGAUUCGGAUGAGUGGGAAGGGAAUUCCCAGAGUGAACAGCUACGGUUAUGGAGACCACUACCUUCAUAUCAAGAUCAAAGUGCCCAAGAGGCUGACGGAUCGCCAGCGAGCCUUGAUGUUGAGCUAUGCAGAAGAUGAAGCUGAUGUAGAAGGGACUGUGAAUGGCAUCGCCAGCACAACCACUGGUGAGGAGGCUGUGGAGCUGUCAGAUCUUGGCUAUACUUUGGGGCUAGCAGGUCGUCUUUUGAUUGUAGUUGAACUGCUGGCUCCGGUGGUGUAAACUGUGGCCUUGAAUGAUGUUGACUGCGGUGGAACUACAAAAUUCUGGAAGGCACAGCCUUCUACUCAGAUGGAGUAGCCGUUUCCCCUUAGGCAGGUAAAGGUUAACUUGUAUUUGCCUAAUAGGGGUACCCACCAUUAGUUCAUCUGUGCUUUGCUCAGUUUUCUGGGCUUCAGCAGUGCAGUGGACUUUACUGACCCCUGGAAUUAGUGCAGUGCACGAGUUGGCCGCAUGGCCGGCUGAUGGUUUAGUAGUGGGAACAAAUCCCCCAAUUGAGAGCAGUUUUUGGCCUUCCUGUAGAGCUUUGCCGGCCCCAUAGUGACCCACAAGAUGCAAUCGGCUGAUUUCCAUUUCAUCAGCACUCUUGUCUUUCCACGGAUUCAGGGCCUGA